AUGAAGAGCAGAGCGAAAAUGAUGGAGAAGAGGAGCAGCCCCCAGUCCCCCCUUGCCCCAGAGGAGCCCAGCUUGCCCCCCUCGGCUUCCCCAACCCCCACGCCCUCUCCAGCCAGUGGGGAGGACGGGGCCGAGGCCAGCCCAGCCCCCGCUAGCCCUGCCUCGUCCUCUCCUCAGACCAGAGUAAGGAGCCCUGCAGCACCCCUGCCCCACAGUGUCCCUGUCAUCAGCCUGGGCCACAGCAAGCCCCCCACCCAUGCCGAAGUCCCCACCACCCAGCUCACGGCCCUCCACCCCAUCCCCAGCCUGCUGCAGCUCUCCGCUCUGCCCCACGGCCCCCCUCCACCCCCCAUGCCGCUAGCUGGAGCCAGGAGCCCGCUCUUGCCCCCGCCGUACCAGCCCCACCCUUUCCUCAACAGCUCCGGGACCUUCAGCCUCUUCCCCAACAGCCGCCUCAAGCGCAGGCCCAGCCACUACGAGCAGGAAAUCACAGAGGGGUGCGGUCUGCAACCCCAGAAGGUGGCCCGGCGGGUCUUCACCAACAGCCGGGAGCGCUGGCGGCAGCAGAACGUGAACGGGGCCUUUGCCGACCUCCGGAAGCUCAUCCCCACCCACCCGCCGGACAAGAAGCUGAGCAAGAACGAGAUCCUGCGCCUGGCCAUGAAAUACAUCAACUUCCUGGUCAAGCUGCUGAGCGACCAGGCCCGGUCGGCCGGGGGGGACCCUCUGGAGGCGGAGGAGACCCCCUGCAACGGGACCCCUUCCCCGCCAGCCUCCAUCAAACUGGAACGGGUGACAGUGGAGCCACUGCUGGGGGCGGGAGAGACACGGUGA